UAGUUUGCAGUUAAUUCUCACGUCGAUCAUUUUGAAUUUGAAAAAUCGGUGAAACCCGCGCUACGUAUUAAGUCGCAUUUUAAAAAUAGAAAAAUUCCUUUAGCGGUGAUCUCGAAAGUGUUUUUUUUUUUUUUGUACUCCUUUCAAAAAAAGUGAAAAAAAAACAGAUUCCAAAAUCAAUUGUUCUAUAAAAAUUUUGAAAAAUUCAAAAUUCCGUGAGUGAUUUAUGUAAGAGUUUUCUGUUUUCUUCUUUUGAAAAUUGCAGCAUAUAUACAUAUCUACAUAUUACUGCAUUGCUAAUACAAAAUUUCGGUCCGACAAAAUCUUUGAAUGGAAGUGAUUUUUCAUUUUUCAAAAAGAAAAAAUUGUGUUUUUUGUUAUAAAUAGAUUUUCACAAUAGAGUGUUUAAAAGUGUCUAACGAAUUUUAGAGCUGCAGCACGCGAGAGUGACGUUCGAGUCUGAUUAUAAAAACAUAAACCUGACCCGUGCACAUACUUUGUGAAUGUAAUUUGGUUUUCGGUGUGUGUCAUAUCAAAAAAUGGUUAACACUGCCGACGAGUGUGCAUCAGCUAGUGCGAGUUUUUUCGAAUGCAAAUCUUUUGUUUCAUACCCGAAGGAGGCGGUGGAUGGCGAGAGAUGAUGAUGCACAAAUAAAAUUCAAUAUUCAAGGAACAAUUUCAUUGUUUAAUUCGCAAACCAACAAUAAAUCGAAUAGAAUAAAAGAGAACACAGAGAAACUAUUUAUAAAUGCGGUAAAAGUUUGUUGACUCACGAAUGUGUGUAUUUCCCGGUGUCUAGACUCUCCCCUAUAUAAAUUAUUGAAUUAAAUUUAAACUACAAUUAAUUUAAAUUAAAAAAAAAAAAAUUAAAAAAAAAGAUAUUUUAUUUCGACCGUGACAGGACUCGAACCUGCAAUCUUCGGAUCCGAAGUCCGACGCCUUAUCCAUUAGGCCACACGGUCACAUGUAAAUUCAUUGCAAGAUGUCUGUUAUGAAGAAGCCGCGUGGGAGUAUCCAUAAGAUACGUGAAUUCGAAUUGGAAAAGAUCCAUUUAGUUGAUGAGUUCGACAUUCUGCAAAUUGUCGGCGAGGGAUGGUUUGGCAAGAUUCUUUUGGUGGAGCAUCGAGCCUCCCAAACCGAAAUGGUUCUCAAAGCUGUACCAAAGCCAUACGUAUCGCUGCGGGACUUUUAUCGUGAAUUCCAUUACGGACUGCAUUUGGGCAUCCAUAGAAAUAUUGUGACGACGUAUGAUGUGGCAUUCGAAACGGCAGGAUUCUAUGUAUUCACUCAGGAAUAUGCUCCUUUGGGUGAUUUAACAUCCAACGUUACGGAUAGUGGCAUUGGAGAGCUUCAUAGCAAGCGAGUGGCUAAGCAAAUUGCUUGCGCUCUAGACUAUAUGCAUACAAAAGACAUAGUUCACCGGGAUGUUAAACUGGACAACGUUUUAAUCUACCGGUCUGAUUUUUCCCGAGUGAAACUUUGCGACUUCGGGGAAUCUUAUCAAACCGAUACAACAGUGGAAAGGCGAAAUGAAUGGCUGCCAUACAGUCCACCGGAAGUAUUACAAAUCAAGCCUGAAAGCACUUACAAAGCCGAUCCCAGUCAUGAUGUGUGGCAAUUUGGUAUUGUAAUUUUUGUCUGUCUCACUGGUUGCCUGCCCUGGCAAAAGGCUGCCAGCGAUGACCCUCGCUAUAUGCGAUACCUUACAUGGCAGAACACACUGAUGCUUCCUAUUCGGCGAACGCCGAAGCUCUUCAAGCUACUUGCGUCAAAAUCAUCAAGAAUGUUCCGAAGGUUCUUGGAGCCCAGACCAGAACGAAGGCCAAAGAAUCUGGCGGAUUUGGCUAAGUUCAUUGAUGACCGAUGGCUGGCUAAGACAGCUGAAAAAGAAAUGGCCGAGUACGAGACUGAUGAACUGUGUCCAUCAAUGUACUCCUUCCAUAGCAGUCCUGAUGAAAAACACAGAUUGCUGCAUACCCUGGUGGCAUGUGGUAUCGAGUCGAAUGUCGAUAGAACGGCAAAGAAGAACCGUAUCAAAGAUUGGAUUGAAUCUUCCAUUAUUACUGAAGAAGAUGAGAACGAAGAAGAAAAUGAAAGUGCAUCAGCAUCACCAUCAUCGUCGGUAUCUCGAGGGCCGGUGGCAGGGCAUAUCUCAUCAAUUCGUACUGUUGAACCUACCAAAAAGGAAAUCAAGACAACUCUAAAAGACGCCAAUCAGAAACACUUUGAUCCCCGCACAGGAGCUCUCCAGCAAGGACCAAGCUCAAUGGGCACUGUCCAUCCGAGUCCCUCCCCUCCUGGCAUGAAUUCCUUAAACACCUCUACCGACAGUCUCAAAGGCAGCAUUCUAACUCUUGGGAGCCGUAAUGAUCUUUUAUCGAGUGACUUUCAUCUCUAUGCGUCCGAGAUGAAUAUGAACGCGCUAGGUGAGCAGCCGAUGCAACAUAUGGUUAGUCCGCAAAAUGGCAUGUCACAUUCGCUUAGUAUUAACCAAUUGAGCUCUGAUGCUCUUACACGCAUUAAUAAUAAUUUUGCCAGCGGCACAUCGACCGUAGUGAAGAACAAUCUUCUCCAACGGACUCGAUCCGAUUCGGCUAAUCUAGCGCUAGCCAAUUCUAAGUUGUACGCUUCUUCGUCAGCUCUUGAUACUAAUCAUUUUAAUGGACCAUCAUCUUUUUAUGAUGGUGGUCGUCAGCCCAAUGCUAAUGGUAAUAAUGAAUCUUUUAUGGGGCUUGCUAAUGCUUUUCAAUCGCUUGCUACAAUGCCAACUUCUUCUGACCAGGCGACAACAUUACCAUUUGUUUCAUUUCAUUCGUCGCGGCAAUCUGAAGUCAAGGACAGUGGUUAUGGGUCAACAACAACUACCAAUGGCGAUGGCCCGGGUACAAAGUGGGUGAGCCAAAGGGAAGAUGUCAUUACUAAUGAUAGAAUGCGUGCCAAUAGGAAUCCAAUGAAUGGUAAGACUCAACAGCAGAGUAAUCACACAAAUUCCGGUGGUUUCCAUUCGGGGGCAUCAAUGAAAGACACACCUUAUGAUCGUUUUGCUAUUUCAAAGAAGAAAUAAUUUUUGAAUGAUCUACGGUCUUGCUUUGAUGGUGAUAUAAAUUUGUUUUUGAAAUAAAGAAAAAUAAUAAAAUAUAAAUUAACUACAUGUUA